UCCAACCGUUGUUCUGCCGGGUGGAGGAAGACUAGCGAUCUAUCCCGCCGUCAGGACUCGAUACCCUGGACCCAAUGUUGGGAUUGGAGCAGGGGGCAUGGGUCUGCCGCAUCCUCUAGGCACGCCCCUAGCCUGGGGAUCUGGAAUGGGUAUCGACAAUACCGCAGCAGCUUGGCGACGAUACUGUGGACUAGGAGGCUUUUUGACUGGGUAUCCAGUCCACACGAGGCUGCCUGGACGUCCUGGCCUCGGUGGCUAUUGGGGUGUGAGUAGGCUGUUCGUUAAAUGAUCUGUGCCUGACGUCUUACUAGGGCUGGGAGAUCAGAAACUGA